AUGUCCUCUUCACCCCCUCACACGUACCCUCAACCGUACCUCUCCUCCGGAACUUCCUCGACGGGAUUGACGUUCGAUGCCAGCAAGAUCAAGCUGCACAAGCUGGUGUGGGAAGCGCCGCACGUUUUGCGAGUCAGUUUCGAUAGGAAACCAGUCAAUAGCUGGAUCGAGCUCAUGUGGCGAGAGUUGGCGGCCAUCUUUGCACACAUUCGCACGGAUGCGAAUGUCAAUGCGGUGGUGCUGAGCGGCGAGGGCAGGUGCUUCACAGCCGGUCUGGAUCUCUCUUCCUCCUCUCUGGGCGCCAUUCUGGAUCAAGAGACGGACGUAGCUCGUAGAGCGUGGCGCGUUCGUAUCUGGCUGAGGGAGCUGCAAGAUGCUCUGACGAUGAUGGAAAAGUGCGAUAGACCCAUCGUUGGAGCUGUGCACGAUGUGGCGUACGGUCUGGCCAUCGAUCUGCUGUGCUGCGUGGAUGUGAGGAUCGCAGAGAGCAAGGCUAGAUUCUCCAUCAAGGAAGUGGAUGCGGGAUUAGCAGCAGACGUGGGCACCUUGCAGCGUUUCCCAAAAAUUGUAGGCAACGAGUCGGCAGCGAGGGAGCUAGCAUUGACAGGCAGAGAGUUUGACGCUCAAGAAGCGCUACGCAUCGGAUUUUUGAGUCGCGUGGUGGAAGGAGGCAGGGAUGGCGUGCUUGCCGCGGCCAUCGCGAUCGCAAAGGACAUUGCAUCCAAAGCGCCCAUCGCUGCGCGCGGAACCAAAGAUUUGCUGCUUCAUGCCCGGGAUCACAGCGUCGAUGAUGGUCUGGCAUACACGGCGGCUUGGAACGCUGCCAUGCUGCAGAGCGAAGACAUACCCGUCGCGAUGGCCGCCGUGCUUCAAAAGAAGAAGCCAACGUUUGAAAAGCUUUGA